AUGUCCAAAGACACCAAGGACUCUAAGCACAAGCCCGACAGCCUCCGCCAGCCUCAGAAAAGGGACUCACUCUCGUCUAUCUUCUCCGCGUGGGCCGCUUUGCAAGGCAAGGGCGCCACUUCCAAGGCUCCAACUUCGUCCCCGUCCUCCACUUCAGCCCAAGCAACCCCCGGCAACGGCUCCAGGCCGCGGAGACACAGUCACAGCGCCAGCAGCGACUCAAACCCGAAGGCACGUAGAGGUUCCACAAGAUUUCGAAGACUGUCGUUUCCGCUCUCGGCGACAAACCAACGUGGGCCUAGUACUAAGACGAGACAUGCAAAGACAUCCAUGACCUCGGAUCCGACGGCCUCGCCUGAGACCUCCAAGGCGAGCAAGGGCAACUCAUGUGAAAAGGUCGACAAGGCCACCUCCGACACCCACGACGGCAAGACUUCGCCCCCGCCCCGGCCGCAGAGUGCGGGAGCCAAGCCAAGGAACCCUGGCUCGCCCGUUGUCAUGCCCAAGUCCAUCCUCCGUGUCUCCAGCCCCGACGCUGACGGUCAUCGACGACCCCGCCAAUUUGUCUCCCCCGAGACCGGGGAACCCAUUAGCAGCCCGGCCCUGUCAUCCUCCUCGCCUCCGGGCUCUCCGUCGCCGCCAACGUCCCCCAUCCAACGGCCCAUGUCCCCUGGCGCGACAGUGCGCUUCGCCAAAGCCACCAUUCACCGCGUCGAGGUCGGCCCCGGCCGGCGUUUCCUGCCCGUUAAGCGCAAGAGCAAGAGCACGCUGACCUACAUCUCCCCUCUCGACCCGGGCACGCAGCAGACCGCGCCGAAGACGAUGCUGCAGAGUCCGACCAAGCUACGUCGCCACCAGCAGAAUCAGGCCGCCAUGUGCCGGUACUGGCAACGCACCGAGGAGGAAGAGGCGCAGUGGCGCGCCGAGGCCGAGCGCAGGGCCCAGGAGGAGGCAGAGAGGUAUCGGAACGAGCCUGCCAGUCCGGUAACGAUCGCCGGGAAGGCGGACGGUGUGAUGGGCGGCGGAAAGGUCGAGGAAGUCGAUCACUUGCCGUCGCUGGAUCGCGGUGGUCAGCCGCCGGAUAAGCUGGAGGAAGUGGUGGUCGAGUCGGAGGAUGACGACACGGACGAGGGCGCUGGGGCGAAAUGUAACGUUGAGGACGAGACGGAACCCAUCAAGUCGAUGAUGAGCACAGAAAAGGAGAGAUACGCCGGGGAUGGAUCGGUGGCGACCAAACCCGACGCCCAAUCCUCGACGCAAAACACGUCGGAAUCAACCCGGCCGACCUCGGUAAUCAACCCAGCGCCGCCGCAAGAACCUGUGACUGAAAAUCCGGCCACCGCGACGGCUGUGACCGCUCUAACUCCCGCAACGACGGCAGCGAGCUGCGUACGCGCAGAAACUAAAUCCUUCUCUGAGCGCCUUGCAGAAAAACAAGCGGCAGAUGAGCGCGCACACGGAGCGACGCCUUCUACUCCUGCUCCCAAGGCAGCGGAGACACUUUCUCGUAAAGCUAGUGCCGAGAGCUCCAAGACAGCUCGUUCCACCUCCAGCUCUCCCUCCAGAGAACAGCCAGAAAGACCGGGCUCUGUACCCGGCCGCUCGAGCAGCGCCAGCACCCGCACCAGUACCAGCAACUCCAGUGAGAGCUCGGAGGAGGAGCUCAUCCGUACCUCGACCAAGGAGAAGGAGAAGGAGAAGGAGAAGGAGCGAGAAAGGGCGAGAGAUAAACCCAGAACAUUAUCCUCCUCCUCUUCCCGGUCUUACAUGAGCCUCAGGCCGGGAGGGGAUAGGGAUAGAGACAGGGACAAAGACAGGACACAGAAGCAACACAGCUCAAAGUCCUCAACGGGUCACAGCAACAGCAGCAACGGCGGCGGCGGCAGCGGCAGCCCCAGCACUAGCACGAGCCACAACCAUUUGCAUUUGUCCGGGCGCAGAGGCAGGCGGUAUUUUGAGAGUCAUAAGCAGGGAAUCGCGGUUUAA